UGUGGUGCCCUCGGCAAGGCACUCGAGGGCUCAGCAACAUGGCUCCCAAGCUGGUGAUCCUCCUCGCUCUGUCGUUCGUGGUGCAGAACGCAUACGCGUCACCCCUAUUGUUUAACUCGAUAGGGAAGAUUAUAGAAGAUGUGGCGGAGGGUAUUCACGACGCUAUGGAAGACGUUGCUAAUGGCAUAGACAACAUUGUGCAUGGAGGCACCACCACCAGCUCGACUUCUGCACCCACCACAAGUACUACCGUCACAGAGGUCACCAGCACCACUGUCUCUGAUGCCACUACCCCCUCUGCAGCCACCACAAGUUCAACUGCAGACGUCACAAGCUCUGCGACAACCUCUGCUGCAACUACUGCAAGUUCUUCUGCCUCAGAGGUCACCACCUCUGCGACUGCGUCUGAUGCAACUACUGCCACUGAAACUUCAGCUGGUACUACUGCCACAGUUGUAACAAGCUCUGUGACUGCAUCUGAUGCAACUACUGCUACUGAAACUUCAGCUGGUACUACUGCCACAGAUGUAACAAGCUCUGUGACUGCGUCUGAUGCAACUACUGCUACUGAAACUUCAGCUGGUACUACUGCCACAGAUGUAACAAGCUCUGUGACUGCAUCUGAUGCAACUACUGCUACUGAAACUUCAGCUGGUACUACUGCCACAGAUGUAACAAGCUCUGUGACUGCGUCUGAUGCAACUACUGCUACUGAAACUUCAGCUGGUACUACUGCCACAGAUGUAACAAGCUCUGUAACUGCGUCUGAUGCAACUACUGCUACUGAAACUUCAGCUGGUACUACUGCCACAGAUGUAACAAGCUCUGUGACUGCAUCUGAUGCAACUACUGCUACUGAAACUUCAGCUGGUACUACUGCCACAGAUGUAACAAGCUCUGUGACUGCGUCUGAUGCAACUACUGCUACUGAAACUUCAGCUGGUACUACUGCCACAGAUGUAACAAGCUCUGUGACUGCAUCUGAUGCAACUACUGCUACUGAAACUUCAGCUGGUACUACUGCCACAGAUGUAACAAGCUCUGUAACUGCGUCUGAUGCAACUACUGCUACUGAAACUUCAGCUGGUACUACUGCCACAGAUGUAACAAGCUCUGUAACUGCGUCUGAUGCAACUACUGCUACUGAAACUUCAGCUGGUACUACUGCCACAGAUGUAACAAGCUCUGUGACUGCGUCUGAUGCAACUACUGCUACUGAAACUUCAGCUGGUACUACUGUCACAGAUGUAACAAGCUCUGUGACUGCGUCUGAAACUUCUUCAAGUGCUACUGUGUCAGAUGUUACGACUUCUGUAACUGUCUCCGAUGGUACGACCACCGUUGGACUUUCUAAAACUACUGCGCCAGCUGUCUCCAGCACUGCUACCACUGCUACUGCCACUGCCACUGCUUCUGAAGCUGCUACCUCUGCUGAGACCUCAUCAAGCACAGUCUCAGAUGUCACCACCUCGGAUGCUGUCUCGGAAGCCAGUACCUCUGCUGACACCUCAUCAAGUACUGUAGUCUCUGACGUCACCAGCUCGGCUACCGCCUCUGAAGCCACUAGCUCUGCUGACACCUCAUCAAGUACUGAAGUCUCUGACGUCACCAGUUCGGCUACUGCCUCUGAAGCUACUACCUCUGUCGACACCUCAUCAAGCACCAUCGUUUCAGACGACACCAGCUCAGUUACUGCCUCUGAAGCUACUAGCUCUGAUGACACCUCAUCAAGUACUGUAGUCUCCGAUGACACCAGCUCGGCUACUGCCUCUGAAGCUACUACCUCUGCCGACACCUCAUCAAGUACCAUCGUUUCAGAUGACACCAGCUCGGUUACUGCCUCUGAAGCCACUAGCUCUGCUGACACCUCAUCAAGUACUGAAGUCUCUGACGUCACCAGUUCGGCUACUGCCUCUGAAGCUACUACCUCUGUCGACACCUCAUCAAGCACCAUCGUUUCAGACGACACCAGCUCAGUUACUGCCUCUGAAGCUACUAGCUCUGAUGACACCUCAUCAAGUACUGUAGUCUCCGAUGACACCAGCUCGGCUACUGCCUCUGAAGCUACUACCUCUGCCGACACCUCAUCAAGUACCAUCGUUUCAGAUGACACCAGCUCGGUUACUGCCUCUGAAGCCACUACCUCUGCUGACACCUCAUCAAGUACUGAAGUCUCUGACGUCACCAGUUCGGCUACUGCCUCUGAAGCUACUACCUCUGUCGACACCUCAUCAAGCACCAUCGUUUCAGACGACACCAGCUCAGUUACUGCCUCUGAAGCUACUAGCUCUGAUGACACCUCAUCAAGUACUGUAGUCUCCGAUGACACCAGCUCGGCUACUGCCUCUGAAGCUACUACCUCUGCCGACACCUCAUCAAGUACCAUCGUUUCAGAUGACACCAGCUCGGUUACUGCCUCUGAAGCCACUAGCUCUGCUGACACCUCAUCAAGUACUGAAGUCUCUGACGUCACCAGUUCGGCUACUGCCUCUGAAGCUACUACCUCUGUCGACACCUCAUCAAGUACUGUAGUCUCCGAUGACACCAGCUCGGCUACUGCCUCUGAAGCUACUACCUCUGCCGACACCUCAUCAAGUACCAUCGUUUCAGAUGACACCAGCUCGGUUACUGCCUCUGAAGCCACUACCUCUGCUGACACCUCAUCAAGUACUGAAGUCUCUGACGUCACCAGUUCGGCUACUGCCUCUGAAGCUGCUACCUCUGCUGACAGCUCAUCGAGUACUGUAGUCUCAGAUGUCAGCAGCUCAGAUACUGCCUCUGAAGCCACUACCUCUGCUGACACCUCAAGCACUACAGUCUCAGAUGUCACUACCUCUGCAACUACCGCCGCGGCUGCAAGCACUACCAGCAGCGAUUCAUCUGAUGAUUCUUCGUCGGGACUUGGCGGCUUCUUUGAUGCUAUAAAGAACGCUUUCGAGAAAGCUAAGAAUGUCACAGAGAACAUAAUCCAGGACAUCGUUGACACUGUAGGAGGUAUAACUGAGGAGAUCGUCGAGAAAGUACAGGACUUUGUAAAUACCACUCAGUCCCAGCUGAAAGACAUCCAGUCAGCUAUCGAAAAUUCGAUCGCCAGCGUGUCUUCAGAGCUGGCGAGCCUCGCGUCUGCGGCCGUGUCGGCCCUGGAGACGGCGGUGGCGGACCUGGCGACGCUGACGCUGAACAACAUCGAGCAGGCCGAGGAGGACAUGGAGGCUGCCAUCAACGCCACGCAGAAGCUCGCGGCCGCCGCCAGCGGCUUCGCUUCUAGCGCCGUCACCAACGUCGUCGAUUCCAUCGAGGGGGCUCUGAACAACACGGAGUCGCUGUUCGACAGUCUGAAGACGAAGCUGAAAAGCAACAGCAGCAGCAGCAGCUCUUGAGCGGAGCAGCCAGCAGCACGAGCGGCAGGCAGUCUUGCGGCGUCCGACUUGUCACGUCUCCGAAAGUGCCAGUUUCUCCACUACAAGAACUUGUUGUUGAGUAUGCCGCAGUGAAAUAAAGUGCCGUUCCAAUAGCA